CUCUGCGUUUCUGGUUCGGUAUGGCGCGCACGAAGCAGACAGCGCGUAAGUCGACGGGCGGGAAGGCGCCCCGCAAGCAGCUGGCCACCAAGGCUGCCCGCAAGAGCGCGCCGGCCACGGGCGGCGUCAAGAAGCCGCACCGCUACCGGCCCGGCACGGUGGCGCUGCGCGAGAUCCGGCGCUACCAGAAGUCGACGGAGCUGCUGAUCCGCAAGCUGCCCUUCCAGCGCCUGGUGCGCGAGAUCGCGCAGGACUUCAAGACGGACCUGCGCUUCCAGAGCUCGGCCGUCAUGGCGCUGCAGGAGGCCAGCGAGGCCUACCUGGUGGGGCUCUUCGAGGACACCAACCUGUGCGCCAUCCACGCCAAGCGCGUCACCAUCAUGCCCAAGGACAUCCAGCUGGCCCGCCGCAUCCGCGGCGAGCGCGCCUGAAGAGUCUCCUGCCGCAGCUCUCUAGACCCAAAGGCUCUUUUAAGAGCCACUACAUGCACAAUAAAAAGAGCUGUGGC